GACAUGGCCAUUGAGAACUGUCAGAUCCAUACGUUUCAUAACCUAGCAUAUUGUUAAUUUUAGUUUUCUCGAAAUAUGCCUCUUUGUGCUGUACCAGGAUGCGCUAACCCCGGUGUACAUUUAUUUCCCAAAGAUCCAACAUUAAAAAAAAAGUGGGAAAAGGCUAUAAGACGCAAAAAUUUUGUAGCGACACAGCAUAGCAGGUUAUGUCGGAAUCAUUUCCAAGAAUCUGAUUAUGUAGGAGAAUCAGCCUACACAGGUGUGUUAUUUCAUUCAUUAUUAUUAAUUAUAGAUUCUACUAGUGGUUUUUCGAAAGUUGAACCACUUGCCCAAAGCCCACUUAUAUAGGUAGAUACUGUAGUUUUUUGUUUAAGUUUUUGUGAACGAAAUCCCGGGUAAAGGCUAGGAAGUAAAUAAACCAAUAAUGAACCAAUAAAAUAAAUAAUGUAUGUAAUAUAUGCCUCCAUACAUCGGAUUAUGGUGUUAAAUUCAUAAAAUCUAUUUUACUCAUGUACAGUAAAGUUAUUUGUAUUAAUCUGUACUAUUUUUCUCAAUUUUUGUUGUUUACAGGACAUCCUCAAAUAUGCAAGUUUCUGAAAAAGGGAACUGUACCAAGUAUAUUCCCUUGGUCCACCCAGGUGUCAACAACACCUACAUCAAGAACCAGUCGUUAUAUGAAAAGAAGCAGACGCAUACUUGAUUUUAUACAACCAUCUGUAGAAGAAAGUGUUCCAGAACCGUCUUCUAGUGCUGAAAUUGAAAUAUCUACUAUAGAGGGCCCCAUAGAAGAUUUUACGCCAAAAACAGUGUCUGUUAGCACUCAAUGUGGUAGUUCUUUUGGAAUCUUAUCACUAGAGGCCAUGAGAGGCAAUCCACAGGCUAUUCAUUUUUAUACUGGGCUAGAAAAAUAUGAAAAAUUUAUGUUGGUGUUAGACACAUUAAGUCCCAUGUGUAAUAAUUUAAAUUACAGGGGAAGUAAAGUUAUCAAUGUUUGUAUCGGUGACCAACUGUUGAUAACACUAAUAAAGCUUAGAAGGUAUAUGCCAGAUUUUGAGUUGGCAUUUUUAUUUGGUAUUUCCCAAACUACUGUUGCUAACAUUUUUGUAACAUGGAUUAAUUUUAUGUAUGAAAUAUGGUCUUUAAUUAAUAUUUGGCCAAGUAAAGAAUUGGUUCAAUAUUAUAUGCCAGAGUCGUUUAAAAGGGGUUUUCCAAAUACUAGGAUUAUUGUGGACACAACUGAAAUACCCAUCACACGGCCUGGGAAUCCAGUAGCACAGCAGGUGACCUUCAGCAGUUACAAACAUCAAAACACUGUGAAGGCUAUGAUUGGAGCAACACCUGGAGGUCUUAUAUCAUAUGUCUCUGAAUGUUAUGGAGGUUCAGUCAGUGAUAGACAGAUUAUAGAAAGAUCCAAACUAAUAAAUAUGUGUGACAGUGGGGAUUCUAUUAUGGCAGACAGAGGCUUUAAUGUGCAGGACAUUUUUGCAUCAAGAGACAUUACUAUUAAUAUACCAAUGUUUUUGAAAGGAAAAACACAAUUACCAGGUGUUAGAAUAAUUCAGGACAGAAAACUAGCAAGCAAACGAGUUCAUAUAGAACGUAUUAUAGGUCUAGCUAAAUCAUAUAAGAUUUUAAAAAGUGAAUUGAGCCCUUAUCAUGUACCACUAGCAUCUAGAAUUUUAUUUGUUUGUGCUAUGGCUUGUAAUUUUAGAGAAAGUAUCAUGAAAUAAAAAGCUUUUUUAUAACUG